AUGAAAAUUGACUGUGUAAGGAAACGAUUCUCGCUCCUUUUUCAAAAAUUAGGAAGAUUAAUUGGACUUCAUCCGUACUGCUUUAUUUUUAUUCCUAUUUUAAUAACAGCGACAUUCUCAGCAUUCGUCUUCAAUAUAAAUACAAUCUCAAGCACAAUCGAACUGACAUUCGCAGAUUCAGAAAAAGUCUAUAAUACAAAGAAGUUCGUUGAAGAAACGUUUCCUUUUAACACAUCGAAAUUCUUUGAUCCGACAAGAUAUACAAACAUACCAAAAUGUGUGUUUGUAAUGUUUACAAAGAAAGGUGGUGGUGACAUGCUCGAAAAAAAUGUGCUACUAGAAAUAAGUUUGGCGGAUCAACUAAUUAAAAAUAUAACAAUUAAUGAUGAAGGUGUAGACAUUGGAUAUUCAGAUAUUUGUGGACGUGUAGGUGAAAAGUGUUUUGAAAAUCCGAUUAUCGAAAUAUUGCCCGAUAUUGACAAUAUAGUGCAGAGAAAAAAGAAAUUAAAGUAUCCGAUCGACAUAGAUCCGCUGACAUACUCUUAUCAAAUGAAUUCCCUCAACUUUGGGGGUGUAAUCGAAGAUGAGAACGAUGUCAUUCAAACAGCAAAUGCUAUGAGAUUAACGUAUUUCACAGACGAGAGCGACCUGAAAAAACAAAAUGUCAUAGAAUGA